GAAAAGUUAGUGGAUUAGUGAUUUUUCUUUUCUUUAGUCGGACUCUUAACUCAAUUUACGUGAUACUCUUUAAAACUUUUUUAAGUCUAUCUCUUGCAUUAUCAAAGUCGGAUCACCGUCAAACAGAAUCACAUAAAUUGAAAGAAAAGGGCAUACAAGUGUUAUAUAUGAAGCCCUUACAUAUCUAGUCUAGUUAUAUUAGGUAGACUGAGGGAAUAGCAGAUCUGUGUUUGGAUAAACUUAGCUGUUUUGACAAGUCGAAGCACUCUCCGUUUCCUUUUUUAGCUUUGGCACAAAUCCCCAUAUACAUGUCUCUUUUAACAAUUAACAUGCUACUAGCAGUAGUAAUUCCUGUCCACACAAAUUGAUGAGGAGCAACUAAUUACAUUUCAUCAAUUCAGUGUUUCACUUCCCUUUGGAUACUGCUUACUCCUUCUUGACAUCUAGAAUAUGUACAUAUACAUACAUACAGAGACAAAACAAGAAAAGUGGAAGGUCAAAAUUUUCUUUUCAAAAAUAAACUUUUUUUGUCUUCGAACACUUCUGCUGCUCAACUCACCAUUCUUCUUCUUCUUCUUCUUCAGUUUGCAAAACUCAAAACAGGGGGAACAAAAUGAUGUUCAAGUUCAUUUUGCUGAGGGUGAUGAAGUGAUUGCGGCAGUAGUUGUCGAGACGAAAUUGGUGUCUAACAAGUUGAGUGGGCGAUGGAUACAGGAGCUACAAGACAUUUCUGCGCCAACAAAGAGUUAUAACAUGACUUUGAGGAAUCCACCGAUGGAGAGUGUGUCUACAUGGGUAACUCCACUACUACUGGAGUUUUGGGUGCUAUUUUAUGGAAGUCUUCAAAGUAGACUUGUAUAGCACGUUCUACCAUGGAAUCUGAAUUCAUUGCUCUCUAUCUUUUGACAAAUGUGCUUUUAUGGGGAAGAUAAGUGUCACCAGUCUCUUUACAUUAUGACUCACAAGCAACAAUUGAGAUUACUAAAAA